CUUACCUAUUGUUACAAACCGGUGAGACUCGACGCCGGAUCUGUUCUUUUCAUCACUGAAGCAAAGGGGGGAAGAAGAUCUAGGCUGAAUUUAUCGAUCCUUUUGAUAAAUUUCUGAUCAAUUCGCUUAAGAUAAUCUCACAGAAGUCAAAUGCAUAUCUGAAGCAAGAGAGUGCGUUGUAAAAAGAGACACAGAAGGAUAUAUAUAUUUAUAUAUAUAUAGAGAGAGAGAGGGGGAGAUGGCUUUCAUGGCUGUUCUAGAGUCAGAUCUCCGUGCUCUCUCCGCUGAAGCUCGUCGGAGGUAUCCUGCAGUCAAAGAUGGCGCAGAGCACGCAAUCUUGAAGCUUAGGGCAUUAUCAGGCCCUAGUGAAAUUGCACAUAAUGAGGACAUAUUGCGGAUAUUCCUGAUGGCGUGUGAAGCUAAAAAUGUCAAGAUGAGUGUCAUUGGACUUUCCUCGCUUCAAAAGCUUAUUUCUCAUGAUGCAGUAGCUCCUUCAGCUCUCAGGGAGAUACUUAUAACCUUGAAAGAUCAUGCUGAAAUGACGGAUGAAAGCGUUCAGCUAAAGACCUUGCAGACUAUACUGAUAAUAUUUCAGUCACGUUUACAACCAGAAGAUGAGGAGAAUAUGGCACAAGCUCUUGGCAUCAGUCUUCGGCUUCUUGAGAGUAACAGAUCCUCUGAUAGUGUGCGAAAUACAGCUGCAGCAACAUUCAGACAAGCAGCUGCUUUGAUUUUUGACCAUGUGGUUUCUGCGGAAUCACUUCCUAUGGGAAAGCCUAGUUCUGGAGCCUACCCUUCACGGAGUACUUCAGUUACUAGUGAUGUUAACCGCAACAUCACUUUGUCAGAGUCAAUGGAGCUUGAGUUGGUCUCUGGAAUGCCAUCUUUGAAGAGAGAAACACUUACUAAAGCGGGGAAGAUAGGACUUUUGUUGCUCGAAGACCUAACAAGUUUAGCUGCAGGUGGAUCUGCAAUCUGGUUACGCGUCAGUUCCAUUCAGCAAACUUUUGUCCUCGACAUACUUGAGUUCAUAUUAUCAAAUUAUGCAUCGGUGUUCAGAAUCUUGGUUCCUUAUGAACAGGUAUUGCGUAUCCAAAUAUGUUCACUUCUCAUGACUUCACUUCGAACUAAUUCUGAGCCCGAGGGUGAAGCUGGAGAGCCUUAUUUCCGUCGCUUGGUCUUGCGGUCUGUGGCCCACAUAAUCAGGCUUUAUUGUCCAUCUCUUGUAACUGAGUGUGAGGUGUUCCUUAGCAUGCUAGUGAAGGCUAUUUCUCUUGAUUUGCCACUAUGGCAUCGCAUUCUUGUUCUUGAAGUCUUACGGGGAUUCUGUGUUGAGGCACGCACUUUGAGGAUACUAUUCCAAAUAUUUGACUUGCAACCAAAGAACUCAAAUAUAGUAGAAAACAUGGUAAAAGCUCUUGCACGGAUUGUUGCCAGCGUACAGUUUCAAGACACAUGUGAAGAGAGCCUCGCAGCUGUUGCUGGAAUGUUUAGCAGCAAAGCUAAGGGUAUUGAAUGGAGUUUGGACAAUGAUGUCUCAAAUGCGACCGUUCUUGUCGCCAGUGAAGCCCAUGCUGUAACACUAGCCAUGGAAGGUCUGUUGGGUGUUGUUUUUACAGUGGCUACUUUAACUGAUGAGGCAAUGGACAUUGGUGAGCUUGAAUCCCCUCGAUUUGAUUCUGAUACUUCAAAGAGUUCUACGGGUGAAACUGCCAUUCUCUGCCUGGCAAUGGUUGACUCUGUGUGGUUAACAAUUCUGGAUGCAUUGUCUCUAAUUCUAACGAAGUCUCAAGGAGAAGCUAUUAUUUUGGAGAUAUUGAAAGGGUACCAGGCUUUCACUCAGGCAUGUGGGGUCCUCCAUGCAGUAGAACCUUUGAACUCUUUCCUUGCGUCCCUUUGCAAAUUUACGAUCAACAUUCCUUUUGAACCUGAAAAGAAAAGUGUUCCAUUUACUCCUGGGUCAAAACGUUCUGAAAUAUUAGUUGAUCAAAGAGACAACAUUGUUCUUACUCCAAAAAAUGUGCAGGCUCUGAGAACUCUCUUCAAUGUAGCACAUCGAUUGCAUAAUGUAUUAGGUCCAUCGUGGGUAUUGGUCUUGGAGACUCUAGCAGCUUUAGACCGAGCAAUAAAUUCUCCACAUGCAAUGACUCAGGAAGCAUCAAUGUCUGCUCAAAAGCUCCCAAGAGAGUCAUCUGGUCAAUACAGUGACUUUAACAUCCUUUCCUCUUUGAACUCUCAGCUGUUUGAGAGCUCAGCAUUGAUGAAUAUAUCUGCUGUGAAAGCCCUUCUUUCUGCACUUUGUCAGUUGUCUGAUAAGAGCAAACUAGUAAUCCAGAGUAAUUUUGGGCAGAUCUCAAGUCAAAAAAUUGGAAAUAUCAGUUUUUCCACUGACAGAAUCCUAUCCAUCAUUGUCAAUAAUUUACACAGGGUGGAGCCAAUAUGGGAUCUAGUUGUCAGUCAUUUCCUGGAGCUCGCUGAUAGUUCUUUUCAGUACAUACGGAAUAUAGCUCUUGAAGCAUUAGACCGGUCAAUUUGUAGCGUUUUGGGUUCAGAGCAAUUUCAGGACAUUGCAGCAUCCAAACAACAUGUUAAAGUUAUAGAUGUUUCACUUACAGAUUCGGGCUCGUUAGAAUGUGCUAUAAUCUCUCCUUUAAGAGUUCUAUAUUGCUCAGCUCUAAAUAUUGAUGUCCGAGCUGGAACUCUGAAGAUUCUUCUCCAUGUUAUAGAGAGACAUGGAGACAAGUUGUACUAUAGCUGGCCUGCAAUUCUUGAAAUGCUAAGGUCUGUGGCAGAUGCACCUGAGAAAGAUAUAGUCUCUAUGGGAUUCCAGAGCCUACGUGUCAUUAUGAAUGAUGGACUUUCAACUAUACCUGGAGACUGCCUUCAAGUUUGCAUUGACGUUGCUGCAAAAUAUAGUGCUCAGAAGACUGAACUCAAUAUAAGCUUGACUGCUAUAGGUCUCCUGUGGACUACAACUGAUUUUGUUGUGAAAGGAUUUAUUUACAAGCCAGAGGGAAAGGAUGCAGAAGGUCCAUAUGCUUAUACUCCAAAGGAAAUGGAUGAUGGAAAGGGCAAUGAAAGUUCAAUCAGAUCUACAAGUGGAAUUACUGAACAAACUCUUUUGGUUAAUGUGAUUGACCGUGACAAACUGAUGUUCUCUGUUUUCUCAUUACUCCAAAAGCUAGGAACUGAUGAAAGACCCGAGGUCAGAAAUUCUUCUGUCAGGACACUUUUCCAAAUUCUUGGAAGUCAUGGGCAGAAACUUUCAAAGAGCAUGUGGGAAGAUUGCCUUUGGAAUUAUGUAUUUCCAACACUGAAUCGUGCAUCACACAUGGCUGCAACAUCAUCAAAAGAUGAGUGGCAAGGGAAAGAACUCGGAACACGUCAAGGAAAAGCAGUUCAUAUGUUGAUACAUCACAGCCGUAACACUGCUCAGAAACAAUGGGAUGAGACACUUGUACUUGUACUUGGAGGAAUUGCACGGCUUCUUAGAUCAUUUUUUCCUUUUCUUAGAAGCUUGAGAAACUUUUGGUCCGGAUGGGAAUCAUUGCUUCAUUUAGUUGAGAAUAGCAUUUUGAGUGGUAGUAAAGAAGUUGCACUUGCAGCAAUAAACUGUCUACAGUCCACAGUUGUUUCUCAUUCUUCCAAGGGGAUGUUACCUAUGGAUUAUCUGAAAUCAGUUAUUGAUGUCUAUGAAAUCGUUCUUAAAAAAUCUCCUAGUUACAGUGGAGAUUCAGCAACCAAGGUGGAGCAAGAGAUUUUGCAUGGACUUGGGGAAGUGUAUAGCCAAGCGCAAAGGAUGUUUGAUAGUGGCAUGUAUACACAAUUAUUGGCAAUUUUACACAUGGCUGUCAGACAAGGAAAGAUCAACAAUAGCACCUUCGAAGCGGAAUUUGGGCACAUUCCACCUUUGCAACGUACGGUACUGGAAGUUCUGCCUCUAUUAUAUCCCAGUGAUCAUCUUUCCUCAAUGUGGUCCCCUUUUCUUCGAGAGCUUCUCCAAUAUCUUCCAAGACUACCACAAAGUGAAAGUAAUGGGUCAGAACAAGCUUGUAUUGGGAAUUUUAAACAUGAUAGUAAGAAGUCGAUAACGGCUGAGAUCCCUAAUGGUUCUAGAGAAAUUUCCCUGAAUAAGACAGACACACGUUUGGGCCCUGAAUCUGACACCUCUACAGUGGCAGACAUCUCAAGUUACUUAUUUGCAGAAAAACUGAUUCCCAUGCUUGUAGAUAUUUACCUUUUGGCUCCGGCAGCAGAGAAGUAUAAUAUUUUUCCCGAAUUUGUCCAAGGUCUUGGGCGGUGUAUGACAACCAGGAGAGACAAUCCUGAUGCUGCACUCUGGAGAGUAGCUGUUGAAGGCUUCAACCGGAUUCUAGUUGAUGUUAGUAAAACAAAAAUUGAUGGUGGAACAGAUAGCAGUAAACCUGCAAGAAUAAGUAUGUGGAAGGAAGUGGCAGACAUUUAUGACAUAUUCCUGGUGGGUUAUUGUGGUCGUGCUCUUCCUUCAAAUUCUUUAUCAGCUGCAAUGCUGAAAGCUGACGAGUUAUUGGAGAUGAAGGUUUUGGAUGUUUUGGGAGACAACAUUCUCAAGUCACAAAUUGACGCACCACCUGAUAUCUUACAACGCUUGAUCUCCUCCUUGGAUCGUUGCGCAUCUCGAACAUGCUCUCUGCCACUUGAAACUGUUGAACUCAUGCCUACUCACUGCAGUAGAUUCUCUUUAUCUUGCUUACAGAAGUUAUUUUCCUUGACCAGAUACAAUGAGGGAACAGAAGAUUGGAACUUGACGAGAUGUGCAGUUAGCAAAGUGUCAAUUGCAAUACUCAUGACAAGAUGUGAAUACAUUUUGAGAAAAUUCCUGGUUGAUGAGAGUGACUUAGGUGACUGUUCAUUACCAGCAGCAAGACUUGAAGAACUCACUUAUGUCCUUGAAGAAUUAGCUGACCUGAUCAUACACCAAGAUACAGCAUCUAUCCUCAAUCUCCCCCCAGUUUUGAAAGAUGGAAUUGCAAAUGGGAAACACUACAGUCGCCUGCAUCUCCUUGUCCUUUUCCCUACUCUAUGUGAGCUCAUCAGUUCAAGGGUAUCUCGGGUGAGAGAGUUAGUCCAGAUAUUGCAUAAACAUAUAUGCAUGGAGUUGUCACUGGAGAAGCUCUCUACAUCAGACUGAAAGAGGAAGAAAAAAUAAAUAUUCUCAUCUCUAUUAUCAUUCAUACAACAACAAAAGAAGAAGAUGUUCUAGUUUUGGUGCAACAUAGUUUUUGGGCAUUUGUUGCUUAAUAAUUAAUUAUCACCUCAUUCUUGUUUUCAAUUGUCUGAAUGUUUCUUGUUUUAAUUAAACAUGUACAGACUUAGCAUUU